AUGACGUGGACGUGAGCGGCCGCUGACCUGCGGGCUCCGGUUACUCGGCUUUCAUUUCCCCCCCCCCGGCCAUUGCUGCGCAUUCGUGCAUCAUGCAGGGCCAUGACCUGUAAGUCUGCUUAGAGUUCUGCUCUAGUGACCACUGAACGCCCGUAUGCUCCAAGCUCACUUGUCCUCGACUUCUGUUAGACCCCCUCGUCAACCUGUCGACGCGUAGUCAGGUCGCUGCAAGAGAAGAGGGCCAAGUCAGUGCGAACGGUUACGAUGCAAAGAAUUCAUUGCUGAUACUGUAAGGCAUAUUUGGAACCCAGAGCACUAGGGCUGCCGCUCUCAAGGUCAUCAAAGAAGACGGCAUUGUCGGAUUGUACGAUGGGCUGUCCUCGUCGCUGCUCGGAAUUGCCAUCACGAACGGGUGAGCAACUCCAUCGACCAAUAGGCGAGGUCCCAGAGUGUCAACUGACCGCUGGUGUAUCUUUAUACCCCAGUAUUUACUAUCUUUUGUGAGAACUAAUUGCCUGAAGCUGGCGGCCGCAGUAAAGGUUUUAAUCAGCUGAAGUCCUCUCCUGGGACCCGUACAGCUUUGAGGAGACCCGCGCUUAUGUCAUGCGAGCGAGGAAAGACCCCAGGAAGGCUCUCUCUACCAUCGAGUCCAUCCUCACUUCCGCUAUUGCGGGUAAGUCAACCUAGGCGAGGAGCAUCAACGUUGGAUCUUUGGCUCAUUUUUUCGACGUCUUUAUAGGUGCCGCGACCUCGGUGUUUUCGAACCCCAUUUGGGUCGUCAACGUACGUUCAUGUUGGACCUUAUGUGUUUGUGAUCUUGAGCUUAAGUUCGAGUCGGUCUGUGUCCCCGCACCCUCGUGCAGACGCGCCAAACCGUGCGCACGACCGUCAAGGCCGAUCCCUCGCUGCCGACCUUGCAAAGCAAGAAAAUCGUCGUCGAGAAAAAGCUCAAUGUCAUCCAGACGAUCAUGCACAUCAUCAACACCGAUGGCUUUGGUGCUUUCUUCCACGGCCUCGGUCCGGCGCUGAUCCUCGUCAGCAACCCGAUACUGCAAUUCACUGUAAGUUCUCUCUCGGCAUAGACCAUCUAAUAACGCGCCGUCAGAGUCGCGGCUGAGCAUACGGAACUACGGGAUGUUAUGCAGCUUUUCGAACAACUCAAGAACAUCAUCUUGGCCCGUCGGGCGACCCGGCUCGCCAAAGGAGCCGGCGCUUCGCCUUUGACCGAUCUUGACUUCUUCUUGCUCGGGGCUGUGUCGAAGCUUUUCGCUACGUCUAUGACCUACCCUUGUAUGUUCUUUCGGUGUGGUACAUGUUUUCAUCACGACCUUUUUGACCGAAGAUCCCUGCUACGCUCCAUUCCAUCCAGACCUGACGGUAAAGGCCCGGAUGCAAGCUGGCCACGCCGAGGGUCGCUCAUACACGUCGUCGUUCGAUGGCUUGAGAAAGAUCAUUAAGAAGGAUGGUGUGGCCGGGCUGUACCAAGGUGUCGCUCCCAAGCUCAUCCAAUCCGUAACAACGGUACGUCCGAUAGACGGGGCCGAGUCGACGCGCUCCUCUUGCAACGGACAUGCUGAUGAACCUGACCGUUCCUUCUUCGUUCCCUCACUGCCUCCCGCUCUUGUGACGCAUCAGGCCGCCAUUCUGUUUCUGGCCAAGGAGAAAAUUUAUCAAGCCAGUGUCAAGGCGAUGUCGACUGUGACCAAGGUUUAA